AUGGCUUCUUCCUCUGUGUCUUCCACCAUCGAGCUCAACAACAGCUCAAUCAGACUCACCGGCCCUUACGGCGACUGGCGGGACGACCUCGCUUCCCAAGGAUAUGUGGUGAUCAAAAACGCCAUCCCACAAGAAAGGGCUCAACAGUAUCAACAAAAGGCACUCGACUGGCUAAAGUCCUUCAGCCCGUCCCUAGAUCUAAACGAUCCAUCCACCUGGCGCGAAGAGAAUCUCCCCGCCACGCACAAGUUCAAUCUAUUCAAGCAUUACUCCGUCACGCACGAAAAGUUCAUGUGGGAAGCCCGGCAAGAACCCAAGGAUAAACCACCGAACAAGCCCUGGCCGCAUGUGGACCAGUCGCCGCUGCGCCGCGGUCUGCACUGUGUCCAGGGAAUUAUCAAUCUCAGUCCCGCAGGCCCGGAGGAUGGAUCCUUGAUCCUUCUGCCGAGGUCCAACACCGUGACGGAGAAGUUCUUCGACGAGCAGACUGAUCCGUCGACUUGGCUGAAGAAUGAUUUCCGGUCCAUCAGCGAGACAGAAAUGGAUUGGUUCAAGGACAAGGGAAUGGAACCCAUCAAAGUGCUUGCCGAUCCAGGGGAUUUGAUUCUCUGGGAUUCACGAACUGUCCACUGGGGAGGAGAACCGACGGCGCAGAGUGAUACUAUCCGCACGGUCAUCUAUGCCUCGUACUCGCCUGCAAGCAUGGCGUCGAAGGAGACUUUGGAGGCAAAACAGACGGCUUUCCGCUCGUACGGGGCCACUACGCAUUGGGCUCAUGAUAAUGUUGUUCUCCGGGACCUGCUGGUGUAUCUGCCGGAUGGGACUGUUGAUCCUCGGAAUCGAGCGAAGCCUCUGGAAGAGGCCGAGCAUACUGAUCAGAUGCUGAAAUUGGCGGGUAUGAAGCCUUACUAA